GGUCAUAGCAAAGCUUUAGGCGCCCUGAUGAUUCCCGAGCAGCCUGUUAUGAGGCUAGGCGGGUGAAUCCCGACAGAUGGCUCCCGGUCCCGUUAACUCACCGGCGUUUCGUCCCGGUGCGUGUGGAUUCCCCGCAUUAACUCGUGAUGAGUUCAGCAGCAGCAGAGGAGGCGCGCGGAAAAAAAAACAUGGGCACACCACUCAGGUUACAGCCGAUGACGUAGCGGCCUGUAAACUCACCAAGAGAGUUUGCUGUAUUUACAUUUCUGGAUCACAGAGAGCUCGCGAGGGGUAGGCCUAAUUCCUACCGGCAUUUUAUUUUCAUGUUUUUUAAAUAUCCCUUAUAUAUAUAUAUAUAUAUAUGCAGUUUACGUGGAUAUCUGACAAUGAUCGUCCCAGACCACUGAUUUAGCCCUAUUUAUCCGCUAAUCUGAUCAUAUGUUCAGAGACGAAUUCCUGGAAGAAGAUGAGGAACCACCUUUGCUGUUCAGCUCUUGUCCUUCUCACGGUGUUUUGCUCUGGAGGGACUGUAGCCGUGCAGUGUUCCUGGGGGGAGGGGUGUGUGUGUCUGGGGUGCCCCAGUGGCCAGGAGCCAAUCAAGGCUUGCGGGCAGGUCGAGGGACCAGGCGAGGUGGUGCAAUGUCAGUCUUGUCCAGCGGGCACGUUUUCGGACGACUAUGACUCUGAUCAAUGCCGCCCACACUCCUCCUGCGGGGUCCUCAACAAAAAGGUUUCGACCUCUGGUACAUCACACUCUGAUGCUGUCUGCGGAGACUGUCUGUCUGGGUUCCAUCCCACCAAUGGGAGGACAGCCUCCAGCCUGGCCUGUGUGAGAGCUCCCCCUUAUCUCUCCCCAGCACCCCCUGCCCAGUCUACCCACGUGCGUGCGGUGCGUACGGUAGGUAAGGGUGUGGCGGGCAGUGGCGGCCUGCCGGUGAACGGUACGGCAGUGCGGAGCCCAGAGGAGAAGAGUACAGAGUAUGCAGUGUUCGUCCUGGUGCCAAUCUUCUGUGUGAUGGGGCUCCUGGGGAUCCUCAUCUGUAACAUCCUCAAGAAGAAAGGAUACAACUGUACCGCUGAGAAGGAGGGAGGAGACGAGGAGAAUGCCACACCACAGAAAGAGGGUAACGGUUGUCCCUACAUCGUAGACGACCCUAAUGAAGACACCAUCAGUGUUCUGGUACGCCUCAUCACAGAGAAGAAAGAGAAUGCUGUUGCCCUGGAGGAGCUGCUACUGGAAUACGAGAGUAAACAGAUGGACAUCAGCACAGCCUCCUCAAUCAAGUUCCCGGUGCUGUCUCCUCUGACUCAGUUCCUCUCCCUGCCCAGACUGUGUCCUCACCAGUCUCACCUCCACACCAUCUCUGGUCUGUCUGGUCUGUCUGGCCCCGGACACGGCUACUGCUGCUCUCGCUGUGCCCAGAAGAAAUGGCCCCCCAUCCUCCUCGGCCCCCUCAAACCCCCACAGUCCCUCCAGAAGACCCCUCUCCUGCCCCCUGUGGACACACAUCACUCCACCACUAAGAUCUCCCAGACCCCCAGCCCUAGGUCAGAGUCACUCCCUGAGGGGGAGUGGAGGAUACCUGGGAAGGUAACCCGGUCUGUUGGGAGGUUUCAGGUGGCUCAGAUUCAGGAGCAGAGGCCUGGUUCCAUGGAGAUGACGCUCCGACCAGAGUUUAGUGACUCAGACUCAGUGGAAGACGCAUCUCUGCUGGGGGGGAACAAGUCAUCCUCAUCAGCUGCCAGGGGUACACAGGAGGUGCCGGUGACUUCCUUUUCUCUUGCUGAUUCUCUCGUCUUUCAUUUUAUUUUCACCACCUCUCUUCUUCUUCUCUCCAGUCCACUGAACAUGCUGAUUCUUGGAGUGCUGUUGACUUCUCCCAGGAGUCCCUGGAAAGCACACACAUGCGCACACACACACGUGCACACACACACACACACGCACACGCACAGACACACGCACAGACACACUCACAGACACACACACACACACACACACACACACACACACACACACACACACACACACACACACACACACACAGGAAGGCAUGUUCUUCUAGUGACUGCUGAAUUAUGAAAUAGUAACACGUUGCCUGUCAUUGUGGUGUGGGGGAAGAACUCCCUCCACCACACACACACACACCCUCCCUAGUUAGUCAUCGGUGACUAAAACACACACGUCUAGCUCAGCACAUUUAAACGUGAGACGUACAUAAAUCACGGUUCAUUCAUGGAUUGUCAAUGCUGACAGUUAGUGAGGAAGCUACUGACCCCUAGUGGGGAUAUUGGGAACACACACACACACACACACACACACACACACACACACACACACACACACACACACACACACACACACACACACACACACACACACACACACACACCCCACCUCUCAAGUCCGACCUGUAAGUUACAUUUCCUGUGAGAGAAUGAUCAACCAUUCUAAUAAUGUCUCUCUGUCUCUGUCUCUGUCUCUGUCUCUCUCUCUCUCUCUCUCUCUCUCAGGUUAACAGCUAAACAUUCGCAAGGAUGAAUGCUGGGUAAAAAAUAACUCUACCUCGCUGAGCGAUGGAUGUGAUGGGAUUCCAAAGCGGUGACCAGAGAGGUUGAUUAUCCUCUUUGUUGGGAUUUGGGAAGUUAGCCUGGGUGCUUGUUGGGAAGUUAGCCUGUGUGCUUGUUGGGAAGUUAACCUGGGUGCUUGUUGGAAAGUUAGCCUGGGUGCUUGUUGGAAAGUUAGCCUGGGUGCUUGUUGGGAAGUUAGCCUGGAUGCCAGACACAGGGAAACCCUCAUAUUUAUAACACAAUCAACUUGUAUUUUAUCCUAUUGUUGAGCAAUAAUCGUCUGUCUUUAGAGGCAGGGAGGAGAAGAGAGAAGGAACAACCUAUUAAUUAACCGUGGGGUUGUGCUUCCAUAAGACUCUGGACAGGUUGGAGGACCUUAACACUGUCUGCACUUGAUACUGCAAUACACACACACACACACACACACACACACACACACACACACACACACACACACACACACACACACACACACACACACACACACACACACACACACACACACACACACACACACACACACAAUAACAAGUAUUAUAGAAAACAACACAUGUUUUGUCUAGUUAAAACUGAAUACUUUUUUAUAACAGAUUUAGCUAUUUAAACGAUUUAGCUCGUCUUAUAUUUGAAGCGCUGAUUAACGGAAGUUUUAGGUCUUCUGGAGUUUUAGGUAUUCUGAAGUUUUAGGUAUUCUGAAGUUUUAGGUGUUCUGGAGUUUUAGGUCUUCUGGAGUUUUAGGUCUUCUGGAGUUUUAGGUCUUCUGGAGUUUUAGGUCUUCUGGAGUUUUAGGUCUUCUGGAGUUUUAGGUCUUCUGGAGUUUUAGGUCUUCUGGAGUUUUAGGUCUUCUGGAGUUUUAGGUCUUCUGGAGUUUUAGGUCUUCUGGAGUUUUAGGUCUUCUGGAGUUUUAGGUCUUCUGGAUCAUGUUGAAUGUAGUCUCUUAUCUAGCAAAUAGUUGGGGGUUGAACUCCAACAUGGAGCGCGAGACAUAAUGAUGUGCAAACAGCAUGAACUACAUGUUGGACUCUUCAGAUCUUACAGAUGGUAUUUCAAGUGGACCUGACAACAUUUUAGCAACAUGAAAUCUAAUUCAGAUUGGUUCAUAUACACCACCAGGAAGAAUAUGGUGCUUAAAAAAUGUAUAAUCUAACAAGCGAAUGCUUAGAUAUGAUAAUUUUCACGUUUUCAUAAAUUCUUAAAAUGUUUGGUAAUUACAUAUAGUAAGGCAUUUGUAAAAAUUGUAUAGCAAUAUAGAGUGGGAAACCGGUUUGGACAAUCAAUGCACCAUAGAACUACAGUAGGCCUUUAUGCAAACAAGCGAUUUGCCACACAGACCUGCCAUCAUUCACUUUGACCUGGACUGUGUGUUUACAGGAAGUAGGACCUGUCAUCAUUCACUUUGACCUGGACUGUGUGUUUACAGGCAGUAGGACCUGUCAUCAUUCACUUUGAACUGGACUGUGUGUUUACAGGAAGUAGGACCUGCAAUCAUUCACUUUGAACUGGACUGUGUUUACAGGAAGUAGGACCUGCCAUCAUUCACUUUGAACUGGACUGUGUGUUUACAGGCAGUAGGACCUGCCGUCAUUCACUUUGAACUGGACUGUGUGUUUACAGGCAGUAGGACCUGAACUGUGUGUUUACAGGAAGUUACAACAGUGUGACUUUAGAUCAAUAGAACAAAAAGCCACAAAAUACACCUGAAUGGAUUUCUACAAAUAUGUCAAUACCACAGGAGUCCUCUUACAUUUGGGAACAUUACAGUCCUAAUGAUAAAACAACCAUGAAAAGGCAGGCUCUCUUUCUCUAUAUUGCACAUCAACAACAAGAUCAAUAGCUAAUGCUAGCCAGUGCAAGGUCAGCUACAAUCUAACGAAGGAACAUUAGAUAUCUCCUCUCAAGCUUUUUCAGCUAGUUGACUGUCAAAAUUGCACUGAGAAACGAUGAGAAAUAGAAAGUAGCCUGCUCGUCCUUCUGCAGCUCGCCUGCCAAUGCAUUCUUGUCCCAACCAAGCACCCAAGCUAACUGGCUAAAGUGGGCUAGCUAGCUACUUCCAGAGACAAAUGAGAGAACACCUUACUCUGACCAUUUUUACUCGCCCUAGCAGAGCUGGUUGCUAGGCUGUUUACAUGAUAUCUGGAGCGCUCGUGACUAAGUAUUACUUUUUUUUGCCCAUGUUUACUGACACUGCAUAUAUGCAGCCGGUGUUGUGCGUUCAUAAAGGAAUCAGUUAUUCUGCGCUCUGGCACACUCAGACAAGAGGGCUCUGAAAUCAGAGUAGAUAGCCAGAGUGAAUUAGGGAACGCAAGAGAUAUGCUAACUGGAUAAUGUGUCGUUCAAGUUCAGGAUAGCUAGCUAGCAAAGCGAUUCACAUUCUUGCUAGCUAACCAAAUGACAGCUGCAUCUCUAGCUGUGAAAACAAUAUGAGGGGCAAACAUCACUCUUAGUCACCCGCUCCUCCAAUGACAGGACAUCCUCCUAGCAGCUAGCUAGCGUUAGGCUCCGUGUUUUUAGCUAGCUACAUCAAUAGAUACGCUAGUCUGUUAGCCACAUUACGACUGACUGGUGAUCAUUGCCCUUGUUGCUAGUGGGAUUGUAUUGACGUUCCCAGCCUUAGUUACAAUCAUCCGUUUUUUCAAACUGAAACAUUGCAUCCCGAAUGGAGGCAGCAAACAAUGUACCAAGAAAUGUAUUGGUGAAUUAUAUGAAUCAUGCAUUGAAAUGCAUCCAUCAAUUCUGCCAACAAUGCCUUCCGUGUACAUCAUGGAACGCUGAGUCAAAUAUAACCUAUUUUUAAAACCUCUUAUAAAGUUGGUUUUGUAGCAUAAACUGGGAAUUUGAUAUUUUGUUGACUGAUAUCAUGAUUGCCUGUUUGUUUCAUAUCUUCAAAGUAGUUAAAACGUUGUCAGUUCCACUUUAGCUUAAUUUAGCUUCUGAUGAAAGUCGAAUGUGUUGUACCGAGCUGUGUAAAUGGCUGUAUAUAUGUACAUAGGGCUGUGUAGAUGGCUGUAUAUAUGUACAUAGGGCUGUGUAAAUGGCUGUAUAUAUGUACAUAGGGCUGUGUAAAUGGCUGUAUAUAUGUACAUAGGGCUGUGUAAAUGGCUGUAUAUAUGUACAUAGGGCUGUGUAAAUGGCUGUAUAUAUGUACAUAGGGCUGUGUAAAUGGCUGUAUAUAUGUACAUAGGGCUGUGUAGAUGGCUGUAUAUAUGUACAUAGGGCUGUGUAGAUGGCUGUAUAUAUGUACAUAGGGCUGUGUAAAUGGCUGUAUAUAUGUACAUAGGGCUGUGUAAAUGGCUGUAUAUAUGUACAUACGGCUGUGUAAAGGGCUGUAUAUAUGUACAUACGGCUGUGUAAAGGGCUGUAUAUAUGUACAUAGGGCUUUGUAAAUGGCUGUAUAUAUGUACAUAUGGCUGUAUAUAUGUACAUACGGCUGUGUAAAUGGCUGUAUAUAUGUAUAUAGGGCUGUGAAUAGACAAGGUGAAUUGCCCUGUUUUUAUUGAAGCACUUAGAUGUGUACAGAGGAUGGUCGGACAGAGACAGGGUCAGGAAAGAGACAGAGACAGGGUCAGGAAAGAGACAGAGACAGGGUCAGGAAAGAGACAGAGACAGGGUCAGGAAAGAGACAGAGACAGGGUCAGGAAAGAGACAGAGACAGGGUCAGAAAAGAGACAGAGUCAGUGACAGGGUCAGGAAAGAGACAGAGUCAGUGACAGGGUCAGGAAAGAGACAGAGACAGGGUCAGGAAAGAGACAGAGACAGGGUCAGGAAAGAGACAGAGUCAGUGACAGGGUCAGGAAAGAGACAGAGACAGGGUCAGGAAAGAGACAGAGUCAGUAACAGGGUCAGGAAAGGGACAGAGUCAGGGACAGUGACAGGGUCAGGGACAGUGACAAGGUCAGGGACAGGGACAGAGUCGGGGACAGUGACAGGGUCAGGAAAGAGACAGAGACAGGGUCAGGAAAGAGACAGGGUCAGGAAAGAGACAGAGACAGGGUCAGGAAAGAGACAGAGACAGGGUCAGGAAAGAGACAGAGACAGGGUCAGGAAAGAGACAGAGACAGGGUCAGGAAAGAGACAGAGACAGGGUCAGGAAAGAGACAGUCAGUGACAGGGUCAGGAAAGAGACAGAGACAGGGUCAGGAAAGAGACAGAGUCAGUAACAGGGUCAGGAAAGGGACAGAGUCAGGGACAGUGACAGGGUCAGGGAGAGUGACAAGGUCAGGGACAGUGACAAGGUCAGGGACAGGGACAGAGUCGGGGACAGUGACAGGGUCAGGGUCAGGGAGAGUGACAAGGUCAGGGACAGUGACAAGGUCAGGUACAGAGACAGAGUCGGGGACAGGGUCGGGUACAGUGACAGGGUCAGGGAGAGUGACAAGGUCAGGUACAGAGACAGAGUCGGGGACAGGGUCGGGUACAGUGACAGGGUCAGGGUCAGGGAGAGUGACAAGGUCAGGUACAGAGACAGAGUCGGUGACAGGGUCAGGUUAAGGAAAGAAGAGGGACAGUGUCAGGGACAGUGACAAGGCCAAGGAAAGGAACAGGGUAAGGAAAGGAACAGGGUAAGGAAAGGAACAGGGAAAGGAAAGGAACAGGGUAAGGAAAGGAACAGGGUAAGGAAAGGAACAGGGAAAGGAAAGGAACAGGGAAAGGAAAGGAACAGGGAAAGGAAAGGAACAGGGAAAGGAAAGGAACAGGGUAAGGAAAGGAACAGGGUAAGGAAAGGAACAGGGAAAGGAAAGGAACAGGGUAAGGAAAGGAACAGGGUAAGGAAAGGAACAGGGAAAGGAAAGGAACAGGGAAAGGAAAGGAACAGGGAAAGGAAAGGAACAGGGAAAGGAAAGGAACAGGGUAAGGAAAGGAACAGGGUAAGGAAAGGAACAGGGUAAGGAAAGGAACAGGGAAAGGAAAGGAACAGGGAAAGGAAAGGAACAGGGAAAGGAAAGGAACAGGGAAAGGAAAGGAACAGGGUAAGGAAAGGAACAGGGAAAGGAAAGGAACAGGGAAAGGAAAGGAACAGGGAAAGGAAAGGAACAGGGAAAGGAAAGGAACAGGGAAAGGAAAGGAACAGGGUAAGGAAAGGAACAGGGAAAGGAAAGGGACAGUGUCAGGAUGUGGGUUUGCCAGUAAAUUUCAGUGCCUCUUUUGACACACUUAAAUCAGUCCCAGACAUUUUGGGGGAGGUGUGCUUUGUCCUGUGACUUCCUCUCUCCUGGUGUGUCAUAGAUCUUGGAUCAGUUGACCCUCCCAGCUACACUGACCAUUGAUCAGUGGCAUCCUACUCCAUGUGGAACUUAUCUCAAACCAUGACCUCACUUCCUGCCUUGUGACGAUUGCCUAGCAACAGACAUGGGCUAAGUUAGUAGGAUAAUCAACUCGGCUCUUUUGCCCCCACAGAUAAAGCACUACAGACACAUUAUUCAGAGUUUUCAUUCAAGUGUUGUUACUUAUUGUUACACACAGACGCACGCACGCGCACACACACAACACACAACACACAACACACACACAUGUUCCUGCUCCUCCAGGGAGAGCAUGCAGACAGACCCUAUCAUCUCUCAGUAGUCUGAGUAAAAGCUGUAUUCGCAGUCCUCCUAAAGGGAACUAACUACAUUAUCAUAGGAAUACAAAAUCAUGACUGACCAUCUCAAUCUCAUUCCUUCAGCUGCAUUUCAAGUGUUUUUUACUUCUGUUUUUUAGUUAUUUAAAUAGAUUUUUCGACUAGUGUCUGACAUAGCUGCUUCGCCGUGGAAACACAGUUUGGGUUUUGCAGUUGACAUUUUAUAAAGGAUAAUAAUGAUGAUGAACUACUAUUAUAUAUUCUGUAUGUUGCUGUUUUUGCGGUUCAGAACCUUUGUCUGGAUUUGAUUAUUUUUAUUGGUUGGACAUGUCCAUAUUCUUAUUGGUUGGACAUGUCCAUAUUCUUAUUGGUUGGACAUGUCCAUAUUCUUAUUGGUUGGACAUGUCCAUAUUCUUAUUGGUUGGACAUGUCCAUAUUCUUAUUGGUUGGACAUGUCCAUAUUCUUAUUGGUUGGACAUGUCCAUAUUUUUAUCUGUUUCAUUAUGACACGUUAUAAACUGAAGGAAAAACAACUCAUCUUCUCUACAUUGUAGAUUGUAUUUAUUAUGAUAUUACAUUUUUCUGUAUGAUAUUUUUACUCUUGAAAUAAAGGAGAGGUUUAUUUUGA